CAUCACAUUCGCCUUUCAUCAUGACGAAGGAAUUUGUUUCCAGUACAACCCUAUCUAUCACUACACCUUCAAUCCCACAACUGAAUGUUUCAUCUUCAAAUUCUUCAAUAUCAAACACCGCCUUGGAAGUAAAUGAAACAACCUUGACCUUUAUUACAUCCGGGCCUCUCCUUGACCUCGCAAAUGACAACUACUUCAAAGAUGUAUUGUUAUCAUCAUUGGUAUAUGUGUGUGUGUUAUUGGCGAUUGGGUUGCCAGGCAACAUGUUGGUGUUGUAUGUAUAUGGAUUCAAAUGGAACCGUACAACAUCUAGAAUUUUCAUAAUGGCCCUCGCUGGAAUCGAUCUUUUAAACUGCAUGUCAUCCAUGGCAACUGAAUUGUAUCUUCUAACACAUUUCUUCAAAUUUGAUUUCCCCUAUGUGUGUAAAGUGACCAGAUUUGUGACGUCAUUUUGUAAUAACUCAACAACUAUUGUUCUAUCAGCUAUCGCUGUUGAUAGAUUCAAAAGGAUUUGCCGUCCCUUAGAAGAACUGAUAGAUAUCAGAACUGCUAAAAAGAUUGUCUGGUUUGCCGUAGUUCUUGCAAUAGCUACAUCGUGGCCGUUGUUUGUACUAUACGGGACACACGAACUAGAAUUAAAGAAAUUCGAAAAUUCUGUUCUUGUUGGAAAAACUUGUGAAAUCGAAGAACGAUGGAUAAAGACGAUAUAUCCACUUCUUCUCGUUGGAUUUCUUUUCACUUGUCAUUUUGUAGCCGAUAUUAUUUUUAUAGUGUUGUAUAUCCAUGUUGGAAAAGCCAUAAUACGACAAAGAAAAAACAGGAAGUCAUUGAAGUCAGGAAAUAGAUACACCGCGCCUGAAAUAUCUGCGGCCAGUUGUACAAUGGAUGAACUAGAUGGAAAACCUGCGGAAAUGAGGUCAAGGAAUUUCUCAUUUGUAGUUUGGAACAAAAUUGCGAAAAAUGCCAGUCGUUCAAAAUUGACAAUAGCAAAAAAUACAGAACGUCCAACAGGAAAACCAAAAACCCUUCCAUCCGAUUUAAUUCGAAGACAGCUUUCGAAGGCAAGUGGAAAUUCAAGUGGUUCCGGUGCUGUUCAUGCUGGAAAGACAACAAUGAUGCUAUUUUUAGUAACGGUUGUGUUUGCGGUGUCGUUCUUACCGUAUUGUGUAGUAGUUAUCCUCAGGGCAACACAUCGGGAGGAGAUUGUAAAUCUGUCUAAUAUUGGUAAAUCCAUGUAUAAUCUGUUACUUCGAUCCUAUUUUAUGAACAGUGUGUUUAAUCCUGUUGUGUACUGUUUUGUGAGCCAGCAGUUUCGAAAUCAGGUGAUAGCUGCUUUUAAAUGUACUUCAGGUAAUCUACAAAGGUCACACUCACAGGUGAGGUCAAAUCUGGGUUCAAGGUCACGUUAAGAGUGUGUAAGUCACAGAAAGAUCAGAUCAGGGAUCAAAUUGAAAAAUAUUGAAGGCUGUAGUGAUCCGUGAUAAGAUACUGUAUGUAAAAUUGACAAAAUAAUUUUGAAUAUUAAAUAAAAAUCGGAAAGGUGACUGCAAUUUUCGUUCUUUUAAAACAAUAAACAAAAUGAUCCUUGGGUAUAAUUGCCUUAAACUCCAUGAAAUUUUGUCGGAAAAUUUGACAUUUGAACUUUUACCAUGAGUACUGACUGCUGAGUGCAAUAUAUACUCUGUUCUCACAUUGAAACCUGAAGUUACUUUAUUAUACCAUAAGCCUGAAUGAUAACAUAAACCUAGUAAAUGGCUGAAGUGUUAUCAUACAAACGUUUUUUUUAAGAUAUUAUAAUGACAGCAAUUCCAAAUUCUAUCAAGCAUUUUACUGGCUACCAAGUUUUCUGCAACCGAAACAUUUCACAGUCAGACAGACUGAACUACCAAAUUAACUAACACCAACUUGUUAAACCGAAGUAUUGGGGUCUUUCGUCCAACCCUUAAAAGAAUCACUGGUCUACAGAUCGUUAUUAUAAUGAACACUGAAGAAUUGAUAAUCUAUAUGAGUGAUUUCAAAGUUGUUUACAUAACAGGCGUCAUCCAAGAAACAACAGACGCUUAUUCUUCCGGAACACGUGGUCUUAUUCUCCUCGUACUUUUUCAUGACUCCUAGUUUUAUUAAAUUUCAGUUUGGAUUAUAAUUAUGUUGACAUGUUGGUAUUUACUUGUUGUUUUAUGUUGAAAUAUUGGUUACCAUUGUAAUACAGAAUAUUUCUUUGAGUGGAGUUGGUUAUUUUUCAAAAGAUUCUUAAAACACGAGCUUUAGCCAGUGUUUUGUAACUUUUAGAAAAUAACUUACAACAGUGAACGUAAAACCAUAUACAUUAAUCACGAUUUUGUGUUACCUGUUUAUACCACAAUAAAAAUCUAUUCGCAA